UUCGGCUCCGUUGUCAUUGCGACCGCCCCACUCAAGCUUAUGCACCAGACAAGCCAAAAUGGCAGUCCGACAACCACAGUGUCACUACCCAAACUAUUUCCGUUUGGGCAUGCGCAGUAAAGUUAAGUGACAGCAACAGAAGCUAUCGGCUGGAUUUGUUUUUGGUCGACAGAACCCCCGCGAGACGUCCAUUUCCCGUUGUUAUACAGUCCUUAAACCCGGAAUUUGAACAGAACUGACAAACCGAUAGCUACUAUGGGUGCCGGUUCGAGCACAGAGGCCGAAAGGGAGCCGCUGCUCGUCCCUUCACAUGCGGAGACAAACAGUCCGCCAGUAAACAGCAGAGUGUACGGGAGAAGAUGGCUGGUUCUGACCCUGUUUUCCCUGCUAGGACUCAUGCAAGGGAUGGUGUGGAACUUCUGGGGUCCCAUCCAGAACUCGGCCGUUCACGCGUACGGCUUCACCAAGUCUGACAUCGCAGUUCUGGUGCUGUGGGGCCCGGUGGGUUUCGUCCCCUGGCUGUUGUUUAUGUGGUUAAUGGAUAAAAAAGGUUUGCGGGCGUCCCUCCUCCUCUCUGCGUUCUUCAUGCUGUUAGGAGCAGCUUUAAGGAGCAUCCCUCUGACAGACCAGCAUUUUAGAAAAUGGUUGAUACACGUAGGUCAGUUUCUGAACGGUUUAGCCGGCCCAACCAUAAUGAGCGCCGGCCCCUUCCUCUCCACCACAUGGUUCGCCCCUGACCAGAGAGCCACCGCAACUGCCGUGGCCUCACUCUUCUCCUACCUGGGAAGUGCUGCUUCGUUUAUAAUCGGACCUCUGGUUGUGCCAGCCCCCAACAACACCCAGACAGCAGCCACGAUGGUAGCAGCAGUUUCCGACAGCUCCAUCCGGGACAGAAUCCAGCUGGUUAUGUAUGCAGAGUUGGCUGCAAUUGCUGUGCUUUUUGCGGCUGUCCUGCUGUAUUUCCCGUCACGGCCACCGAUGCCUCCCAGUGUGGCCGCUGCAAGCCAGAGACUCAGUUACAGGAGCAGCAUCUGCAGACUUCUUAGUAACCUGCGGUUCCUGAUGAUUGCACUGGCCUAUGCAGUCCCCACAGGAGUGAUUGCUGGCUGGGCAGGAGUUCUCGACAUGGUACUUACACCAGCCAAAGUCAGCCAGGUGGACGCAGGCUGGAUUGGUUUCUGGUCGAUUGUUGGUGGAUGUGUGUUUGGAGUGGCAAUGGCCAGGUUUGCAGACUCCAUUCGGGGGAUGCUGAAGCUGAUCCUGGUGCUGAUGCUGGCAGGAGCCUCACUGUCCUCUACCUGGUUCACACUAACCUGUCUGAGCACGUUCACUCACCUCCCCUCCACUGCAGCCAUUCUGUACACUUCCUGCAUCCUGGUGGGCAUUUUCAUUAACAGCAGCGUGCCAAUAUUCUUCGAACUCUUCAUCGAGACCGUGUACCCGGUCCCUGAAGGCAUCACCUGUGGAGUGGUCACUUUCCUGGGGAACCUGGUCACCGGUCUCCUCCUCUUCUUUCUCACUUUUUACUGUACAGAUCUAUCGUGGUUAAACUGGUGUCUAACCGGCUCCUGUUUCUUCAGCCUCGUCCUCAUCCUCUUCUUCAGGGAGUCUUAUGACCGCCUCUACCUGGACGUCUUUGUCUCUGUUUGACAUUGCUGAGGACAACAAAUCCCCACAACAACUUAUCAAUAAAGAACUGAAUAAUUAUUCUUGCACAAAGAAGAGGAGAAAAAAGGAGACAAAGGGAAAGUGGAAAGCCCACACUCUUUUAUAACUUAAGAUUUUAGGAUGUAAAUGUAUAUAUUGGUUAACAGUGGUGAUGGAUUGCUGUUGUAUGGCUGCAGACGAGAACCACGAAGUGAUUCUACACCAAUGUUUACUCUUUAUAUGUGAUCGACUCAAUGCCAUAUAACUGUUUAACACAUCAUUAACUGUUUUUAUUUGUCAGUGUAUUUGUUUGUAUGUGAACGGUUUAAUUUUCCUAACCAGGCACAGCAUGACGGACUGUUAGUAGUUGUUUACAGAUAAUGUACAAUUUCAAGUUGUC